AUGGCAAUUAUAGGUAGCUCAAUCUUACUCCCAGCAAUGGUGUUUUUCAUGGUAUUUUGGUUUGAAUACGACGUCGUUCAUUCGUAUAUGCCGCAGCAUUACAUCGUCGGAGGUGAAGAAGGAUGGGAUCCGGUUAUCACCAUGCAAGGCUGGGCUCAAGGAAAAGAUUUCCACGCCGGCGACGUUCUAGAGUUCAUAUAUGAUCAGAAAUUUGAUGUUGCAAUAGUGGAUAAAGAGGGGCAUGAUACAUGCACUGUUAGCGAUAAGUCCAUACAGUUCUUUGAUGGGGACGAUAAUAUCACGCUUGCAUUCGGUCCUAAUUAUUUCAUUUGCAGCUUCCCUGAUAUUUGUGCUAUUGGGUUGCAGUUGGCCAUCAACGCUACUGCACCGCCACCUUCAGUUUAA